AUGGAUACCACAGAAUGUUCUCCUACUAGCUGGACUCCAAGGAGAAAGCGGAAACGUCUAUAUUUUAUCUAUAGCGAUUAUACUAUCGGCUGGAUAUAUGCUUUACCGGAGACCGAACUGGUAGCUGCCAUGGCUAUGUUGGAUGAAAUACAUCCUGUUCUACCAGUAACUAAUCCGCAGGACGCAAAUACAUAUGUCCUUGGCCGGAUCCAUGACCACAAUGUGGUGAUUGCUUGCCUGCCAGAAGGAGAAAUAGGCAAGGUAUCUGCUGCUACUGUGGCCAAAGACAUGACCCGUAGCUUUCCAGCUGUCAGAUUUGGAUUGAUGGUCGGAAUUGGUGGUGGGGCGCCAUACUAUGGUGCACAGGGAAAUGAGAGUGAAGUAAAGGAGGAGAAUUCUAAAGACGACACAGAAGAUAUACGAGAUAUAAGACUUGGUAAUGUGAUAAUCAGCCUUUACUCAAAAUUAUCGGAUGCUGUUGUACAGUAUGAUUUUAGGAAAUUGUUACAGGAAAAGGAAUUUGUACUUAGUAGCGGUAAACUAAACAAACCUUCUAAUAUUGUUCUGGGUACUGUCGGGACUCUCAGAGCGCAUCACAAGUUAUACAGACACAAAAUCUGCGAGACAUUAUCUGAAUUGUUAAUCUUUACUCACUCAGAGGGACAUAAGUCGUGUCAAAAUUGUUGCGGACUCAUAGACAGCAAUCUUGUCAAGAGGAAAGAUUGUUCUGAUAAUUUAUCUCGAUUACAUUAUGGAAUUAUUGGGUCAGCGGACCGAGCUCGGGAGGAGAAUAUAAUUUGCUUCGAAAUGGAGGCUGCUGGGCUUAUGGACUCAUUUCCUUGCCUUAUUAUACGAGGUAUCUGUGACUAUGCCGAUUCCUAUAAGAACAAGAUCUGGCAGCUAUAUUCUGUGGCGACGGCAGUAUUAUAUGCAAGAGAACUUCUUCUGGUUGUUUCGGGACAGGGAGUUGUGAAUAUGGAUUGA